AAAUAAACUACGCGUAAAACGAAACAUGUGUUUCAUUCCUUAGAGGUUAUUCCACAACAGUUUUGAACGGUUAUCAGUGUUUCCAACGUGUUUUUGUUUUAUAAGUGUUCUAAUAACAAUGGAAGAAGAAAAUGAAGAGUCCAGCAUGCAGUUUCAUGAGAUGGAGUUGGACGAUCGUAUUUUAAAGGCUAUUGCUAAGUUGGGAUGGCAAUCACCAACAUUAAUCCAAGAAAAAGCAAUUCCUUUACUUCUGGAAGGUAAGGAUGUGUUGGUAAGGGCAAGAACUGGUUCAGGAAAGACAGCAGCCUUCUCAAUUCCUGUAAUUCAGAAGAUAAUUCAGGUAAAACAAACAGCCAAACAUCAAGAAGUGAAAGCACUUCUACUAGCACCCAGUAAAGAAUUAUGCCAACAAAUAACAAGUGUCAUCAAAGAUUUAACAGCAAAUUGUUCAAGAGAUGUUAAAUGUAUUGAUAUAGCUCCUAAUGUUGACCUAAAAACUCAAAAACCUUUAUUGGUGGAGAAACCUGACAUUGUUGUUAGCACACCAGCAAGAGCCUUGUUACAUUUAAAAGCUGGUAAUUUAAACCUUAAGGAAUCAUUGGAUUUGAUGGUGAUUGAUGAAGCAGAUUUAAUUUUCUCUUUUGGUUAUGAAAAGGAAAUCAAAGAAAUCAUGGACUUUUUGCCUAAAAUUUAUCAGGCUAUUCUUGCAUCAGCUACACUCAGCCCAGAUGUAAAGAGCCUCAAAAGUCUGGUAUUAAAUAAUCCAGUUAUUCUUAAACUUGAAGAACCGGAUCUGGCACCAUCUUCACAACUGAGUCAUUAUUUAUUGAUGGCUGAAGAAUUGGAUAAAGCUACAAUCAUUUAUUCUUUAUUAAAAUUGCAUCUGAUUCGAGGAAAAACGAUUAUUUUUGUUAAUACUGUUGAUAAAUGUUACAAACUUAAACUGUAUCUGGAACAAUUUGGUAUACGAACGUGUGUUUUGAAUUCCGAACUACCAGCGACAAUUCGUUGUCAUUCUGUACAUCAGUUCAAUCAGGGUGUUUAUGAUAUUAUUGUGGCAUCUGAUGAGAAGUCUCUGGAACAACCCGGGUUGCCAGUUACAAAAAGGAAAUUAUCGAAGACAAAACGUCGUAAAGAUAAAGAAAGUGGUGUUUCGCGAGGUAUUGAUUUUCAAUGUGUAUCGAAUGUUAUCAACUUUGAUUUUCCACUUGAUGUGGAUUCCUAUGUGCAUAGAGCUGGCCGGACAGCACGUGGAAAAAAUCAGGGAAGUGUUUUAUCUUUUGUAAAUUUGCUUGAAAAAGAAUAUCUGGACAAAGUCGACGAACAUCUGCAGAAGAUCCACAGUGAAUCGUCCGUUUUCAAGACUUAUCAAUUUAAAUUAGAUGAAGUCGAAGCAUUCAAAUAUCGCGCCCAAGAUGCCUGGAAAGCAGUAACACGUAUUGCUGUACGUGAAGCUCGUUUAAAAGAGAUCAAAACGGAGAUUUUCAAUUGUUCCAAGCUGAAAACAUAUUUCAAUGAUAAUCCGAAUGAUUUAACUGUGUUAAGGCAUGACAAAGCAUUGCAUACGGUGCGUUUGCAACAACAUUUGACUGAUGUGCCAGAGUAUAUUAUUCCUCCGACAUUGAAGAACUUGGCUGGCAUUACAACGAGGAAAAAUAAGCGUACGUAUCCGGUGAAAGGUGAUCUUAGCUCAGCUAAACACCAAAUGAAAAAGAGUAAUCCAUUGUUGAGUAUGCAGUUUGAUGGAAUUAAAAAGAAAAAGAAGUAGGAGAUGUGGAUUGGUAAAAUUAAUGAAUAAUAAACAUUUCUAUUGCAA